CGGAAGGCGGCUGCGGGUCUUCCCUUCCGGCUCGCGGUCAGCUGGCGGGGGCGAUGGCGGCGGCCGAGGCGGAGUACGAGUCGGUGCUCUGCGUGAAGCCCGAGGUCAGCGUCUACCGCAUCCCGCCGCGGGCCUCCAACCGCGGCUACCGGGCCUCCGACUGGAAGCUGGAUCAGCCCGACUGGACGGGGCGCCUGCGCGUCACCUCCAAGGGGAAGGUCGCCUACGUGAAGCUGGAGGACAAAGUCUCAGGGGAGCUUUUCGCACAGGCUCCGAUCGAUCAGUACCCUGGCAUUGCAGUGGAGACGGUAAAUGACUCGAGCCGGUAUUUUGUCAUCCGGAUUCAGGAUGGAAAUGGGCGCAGCGCCUUCAUUGGCAUCGGCUUUGGCGACAGAGGAGACGCCUUUGACUUCAACGUGGCCCUGCAGGACCAUUUCAAGUGGGUGAAGCAAGAGACGGAAAUCUCCAAGGAGUCCCAGGAGCUGGACAGCCGGCCCAAGCUUGACCUGGGCUUCAAGGAAGGGCAGACCAUUAAGCUGAACAUUGGGAAUAUCCCCGCCAAGAAAAGUGGGUCAGCAAAGCCCCGCCCUGCUGGCUCAGGUGGACUCAGCCUCCUCCCCCCACCUCCGGGGGGCAAAAUGGCCCCUCCUCCCCCGGUUCCCCCUCUUUCUUCGACAGCCAUUUCCAACCACGUAACUCCACCCCCCGUGCCGAAGUCCAGCAGUGCUGGCAACACAGAUAUCCUCCUAGACUUUGAUUUGCCACCCGCCGCCUCCAAGGGCCCCGUGCCUGCCGUCCUCCCAGGCAGUCCAGAUCUCUGGGGAGACUUCAACACGGCACCCAGUGCAGUUCCCAGCCAGCCUGCUCAGCCGUCUAACUGGGUUCAGUUCUGAAGAAGCAGAGUGGAGGAAACGGAAGUGGACCAGUGACCGAGACAGAUGGACCCAACUGGGAUGGGAGUUUCCCAACGUCCUUGGCUCUUCAGUCGAAUCCUAAUUUCCAGACAAUCCUCCUGUUUUUGUUGAUGUUCCCGUCCCAUUGACGCCCGUUGCAUUUUAUCUCUUACAGCAGAAUUGCUUCAGAAUUCGCCCUUCCGGGAGCUUUGGAAGAGCGAGGAAGGAUGGCUGAAACCCGGGCUCCUGCUUCUGGUCAGUCCCUGAGGUCUGGGAGGCUGACCAGACGCUGCUUUUCGUUUGGGAUUUCCAGCCAGGCUCCGUUUCCUUUCUUCUGGGCCUCAGUGCGCCUGGUGCGGGCGGAGGGCCAGAGCUGCUCCUGUUGAUCUCUGCUCUCGGGGGGCUCCAGUCGAAGCACCUGAUCUGGGGCAGUCCUCAUCUGGCUUUUCCUCAGUCUCCUCCCCUCCAGUUUGGUAGUCAGGGCCUCCGAAUCCGGUUUUGUGUUUGGUGAGCCCUUGCAAUUUCCCCGGCUUUUUUCUCACGGCUCAGUUCUAGUGAGAUGAUCCCUUCCAAAAUUGGACGUAGUUGCAGCACCCAAGAGACCCUCCUGCUCCCAUCUUUUACAGAUGACGGGCACGCACCUCCUUCCGGGCUCCCUUCUGAACCCGGUUUGUGGUGCCCUCGAGAUAGGCUGCCUGGCACGCGCACACGGCAGAGGCUCGCUCCGCGGCCCACUCCUUCAUCACAGGAGCAGGGUGGCAUGUGAGCUCUGCCCCUGCCAGGGAGGGUCAGGCUUCUGGAUGCAACUUUCUGGCCAGUAUGUUUUGUCGCUAGAUAGCCUGUCCCUGGCAGAGCUUACUGAAUCAUGAAGUCGUUUCUGGCAGCGCCUCUUCCCUCCGCCUGCCUGUCUGGUCCGUGUCUUUUUGGGAUUUGCGCACGUCUCCCCUUCGCUCCUCUUGCCGUUGGCGAGCUCACACGGCUCUGAAACACCUGCUUCGCUUGGCCCUCGAAUUGGGAGGCCGUUUUCUUGUUGCGCUCUAGAUCCGUUUCUCCCGGUAGGCUCGUGACCUCCGUGGGCGGUAAUAAUUACGCUGUAGUCUUGGCUCUCGCCUGUUGCAUGUCCUGGGUGACCCCGUGGUUUGGUGCUUCCCCUGUGGGUAGUUUUCAAGUGAGGAAGGCACUUCCAGGUAGCCUCUCCAUGUUUUGUCUCUUCUCCGCUCCCGGCCACGAUCUCCUUUGCAGAGGAGCAGAGGGGAUCUGCUCCGCUAGUAUCACGCGGAAGACUGCAGGGAAAGAAAUGCACUUUUUAAAAAUAAAAAUAAUGGGUGCCUCCCUAGCAAGGCUAUCCGUAAACAGCCCCCCCCCGGUCCACUCAACUCCUGAAGUUUCCUCUGCCCCUCACAGGCGGCAGCCAAGGGUUACGUUGGAAGGGCCCGAUUCCCCUGGGAAGUGGGAAUCGUAGCCCAGCUGGAAGGCGCCUGGUUGGGCUUAGCCGGUUCCACCCCUUCCUUUCGCCCUUCAACGCCCUGCCUGGAGGUUCUGGAUCCGGCUGACCCCUCUCCUUCCGCGGCAGGUCCCCUAGCCAUUUCCACAGCCUCACAGCCACCCGACUUCCUAAGUUGACUCAUUGGGAGGCUGUCCCUCUGUGUGCGUGUUUUCUUACGGCUAGUAUUACCUAAAUAAUAUAUUAUGUAUUGUCACAAACAGAAGUAAUAUUCAUCUGUAUGUAUAUAAAGUAUAAGAUGUACUGGUUCAAUAAAUAGCAAAUAAAAGAAUUAAACCUG